CCGAAAGUAAUAUAUUAGAACAAAAUAAGUUUCUCUUCAUCAUUGUUCUCCGAAAUAAUUCGAAUUAUCUUUAUUACUGCGUCCGAAGGUCAUAGUCCGAGGGCGCAAUUUCAGUGUCGCCGGGACGUGCUCGUGCCCGUGUAUUUUCACUUGGUUGGGUUUCGCCAGAUUUUCGCACCUUUUCUUUCAUAUCGAUCAAGUCACUGGGAUACAAAUUUCAAAUUUGGAAGAAAAAUGCACCAACUAACUGAUCAAAUGAUAUCUGGAUUGAAAAAUUAUAAAUACUCGUGUGUGGAUAAUUCACCUUUUUCAACAUAUGUUAUGCAUCCCUUCUGGAAUUGGUUGGCAAAAUUUUACCCUGUUUGGCUAGCUCCAAACCUUAUAACAUUCACUGGUUUCCUCCUAACUGUGACCCAUUAUUUUCUAUUGUGCUGCUAUAACCCCACUUUCUUCUCAACAGUCAAUGUUCCUAAUUGGGUUUGGCUUGUUACCUCUUUUCUUGUAUUCAUUGCUCAUACUUUAGAUGGUACAGAUGGAAAACAGGCUCGUCGAACUAGGUCAUCAUCGGCUCUUGGCGAAUUAUUUGACCACGGAUGCGAUUCGUGGGCGUGUCUUUUUCUUGCUGGAUCAAUGUUCUCAUUGUUAGGUCAUAUUUAUACUGUGAGAGAAAUGUUUAUGGGGCAAUGGGUAUUAUUUAUCACUUUUCUUCUAUCCCAUUGGGAAAAAUACAUUACGGGCACCUUAUUUCUACCUUGGACAUUCGAUACAAGUCAAAUCAUGGUUGCUCUGGUAUUCCUACUAGCCUAUUGGCGAUCACCUACUAUUUUUAUGAAACCACUUUUAUUCGGUUGGUCAACUGCAGCUAUUUUCAAGUUCACACUCUUCUUUUCAUUUUACUUUGUUCAUAUACCAAUUACAAUAUGGAAUAUUAUAAGAACUUGUCCAAAUAAACAACCAUGGCAUCGUGGUCUUGGAUUAUGGGGUGUAAUUAGGCCUCUUAUACCUGUAGGACUACUUCUAUUCAGCUCAUAUAUAUGGGCUUAUUAUUCACCAUCAAAUCUACUGGAAACAAAUACACGUACAUUUUUAUUUUGUUGUGGAACAAUUGCUUCAAAUGUCACAUGUCGUUUGAUCGUCGCGCAGUUAUGCCAUGUCCCGGCGCCAAUGCAUAAUAAAGAAGUUUAUUUAUAUUCAAUAAUUACUUUUGUUAUAUGUUUCAUUCUCCCAAUAAAUAAAGAUACGUCUGUUGAAUGUAUCGUCCUCCAUUUGAUAACGAGUUUCGUUACAUUGGAUCAUCUUCAUUAUGGUUAUCAAGUGGUAAAUGAAAUUUCAUCAUGUCUUUAUAUAAAAGUGUUCAGUAUUACUCAUCAACAAUAAAAUAAUAUGGAUCAAACUUACAUCUUGAUUAUUAUCAUUAUUUCUGUAUACAUUAUAAGAUCAAUUACCUUAACUUAUUUCUUCGUAUGUAUGAUGAAGUAUUCAUAUUUACUAUGUGGAACUUGUAUUGUUUCAGCACAGAGUCUCAUUGUCCUUUAUUCGUUAUUCUUCAAGUAUGCAUGAUUCUUUUUUUCUUCCUUUCUCUCAUUCUUUUUUUCUAGCAAAAUAAACAAUGUCAAUGUUUCUAUUAUGGCUUUAUUUUAUUUUAUUAUUUAUUUUACAUACACAUACACACGCCUUAUUUCACUUUUCUAAACUCUAUUUUCAUCGAUGUAAUAAAUAGCAUCGAACAGGUAUAUGUAAAUCUGUUCAAUGUUUUAUCAUGAGUAAACACUCAUGUUCUUGUUUUCUUCUUUCUUCCCUUCUUUUACAGUUUUAGCUAGUUUUCUAUGAUGCCAUUAUAUACAUAUUAAUACAUGUUUAAAAUUUGUAUGUUACCUUUAUUAAUCUCUCUUUCACAUGUAUGAAUAUCAUUUAUCAAAAUAUAUUUUAAUUCAUUUUAUUGAGAGUGA